UAUCGUUGCUACCACAACCCCAAAAAAUUGUUUCGCAUUUUCAGCUCCAAAAAAGUAGAAAUUAAAAUGUUCAAAUAUAAGUCACUUCACGUCAUUUUUCUACUUAGUUUUUUCAGUAACGCCAAGCCUAAUUCAUUCUCGGACUUUAAGGUCAGUAAUCAAACUGCCCCCCAAAAUGGAGUUGAGGGAGAACAACGUUUGAUGAAGAAAUUGAAGAGUAGCAUCCCUAGCCUGUGGCCGCCUGUGGAUAUGGUCAACAGAACGGUAUUCAUAUAUAUUGAUCUAUUCAAGAUACAAGAAGUGGACGAAAAGGACGGUGUGUGGGUUGGCAAGUUCUAUAUUUACUUUUACUACUACAGCAACAGCGCCAUGUGGAACAAAAGCGAGUACAACAACGGUACCACCACCACAUUAUUUGUCCCUGGAGGUACAUUCUGGGUACCAGAUGUUCUUGUGAGAGAAGCAUCAAUGGUUAAUUAUGAGGCGUUUGAACGGCAAGUUGUAUUCGAAACUGGAAUGAUCCUGGCAUACACUUCUCUGCUCACCUAUCAAAUGUCAUGCGAGUUUGACGUCUCUCAGUUUCCAUAUGACUCACAAACUUGUGAAAUAACUGCAACAAUGUUCGCUUCCAGACCCGAUGACUAUGAAUUAGCAUUCCAAAAAACUUUCUUUGUACAAGAUGGCACUGGUAAAACAUAUCUGCCAUUACAGCAUUUUACACCAAAUGAUCAGUGGCAUUUAGUAACACCAGUAGAGAUCAAAAAGGAAAAGCUCACGUGGAAAGUUUCACAGUUCCGCGAAUCUAUCAAGGUCACCAUAAAUCUACAGCGGCGACCCUCUGUUCUACAAGAUGGUGUUCGUCUACCCUUCAGUGCUUCUAUACCUUCUCUCCUCCGUCACUUUCUUCAUUCCCCCGGACUCAGGGGAGAAGGUGUCCUUUGCAGUGACUAUUCUGCUAACUGAGAUUGUCUCGUACGGAACUUUGCUGACUAUUCUGCCGGCUAGUUCGCACCACGUUCCCUACUUGAUCUACUUCAUAGCUUCAGCUACUUUUCACCUCACCUGCAAUUGUGUCGCAGCAGCUGCAGUUGUCAACAUUCACCACAACAGUUCGAGUCUCACAAUGUACAAUUGGCUGCAGGUAUUGAUAACCAGCAAUCACGUGAUCUACCUCGGUCUCAAACCAAGUCCAGUCAAAGCAUCCCAUUUGACCCUUCCUAAACACUCAGACGGGUCAUCAGGGAUGAAUAUGGAAUCCCCUCUUCAUGUGCAGUCUAUGGAUCAGGUCAAUUCACCACCACCGUCCAAAAAACAUGAUAAUGAUACUCAAAUUACACAACAAUUGGCCAAAAAGAGAGCCAUGAAAACGAGGAGUCAUCAUUGCAAUGGAAACAAUUGGCCACUUUUGUAGACAGAAUCUUUUUCAUUGUGCAUGUUGUCGUCAUUGCAGUCGUGUUGUUCGUAUUUCGAUUGUACAUAGAACCAUACUAGUAUUUACUUUCGAAUGAAAAUUUUCU